AUGAAAGACCGUCUCAGUGAGCUGCGUGAAUUUGCCAGGUUACACAACCAACAGUUUUCUGAUGAGGAUGAUGAGAAUUCAUCUCAGGAUAUUCUCAUUUAUGAGACCGAUUAUGCCUUGGAAAUUCUUCAUAACGACAUACAGAACAUCCGGACAGAAAACGACCACCUAAAAGAGGAUGUCAACCGGCUCAGAAAGCAAAAUACACGAUUCCUUACUUCCAUGCGCCGUCUUAGUAGCAUCAAACGAGACACCAAUUGUAUUGCCAGAGACAUUAAGGCCCGUGGAGAAGGCAUCCACAGGAAACUGCAGGUAAUGAGAGAUUUCUGUGAAGAUGCAGUAACGAAAUAUGGAGCUAUGUCUGUCAUUGCCAGGGUAGCAAAGAACCACUAUGUUGACCUCAUGCACACAUUUCAGAAUGCUAUGUUUGAUUACAAUGCAACAGAGAUGAAUCAACGGGAGAACUGCAAGAUUCGAAUUCAGCGGCAGUUGGAGAUCAUGGGCAAAGAUGUUUCUGGCAACCAGAUUGAAGAGAUGAUUGAGCAAGGCAAGUGGGAUGUCUUCUCCGAGAAUCUCUUGUCGGAUGUUAAAGGGGCUCGCUCCGCUUUGAAUGAGAUAGAGACACGACACAAGGAGCUGGUGAAGUUAGAAGGUCGCAUUAAGGAAGUUCACGAGCUGUUUCUGCAGGUGGCCCUGCUAGUGGAGGAACAGGCGGACACCUUUGAUGUUAUUGAGUUGAAUAUGCAAAAUGUUGAGGACUACGUAGGAGAUGCUAAAGACCAAGUGAAAAAAGCUUUGGAAUACAGAAGAAAACAUCCCCUCAGAACAAUCCUCUGCUGCUGCAUAUCAUGUUGCAGAAGGUGA